AGCACGUGACGUUAGCUAAAGUUAAGAAGUUUCAAAAACGAUUUUGAAUGAUUAAAAGGGGCUUGAAGUCUGACAGACCCCAAACCCACAAGAUUAAAUCUCAGUCGUGCAGAUGGAAGUUGUGCAGUUGUUGCACGAAUAGCUAUCUUUACAGCAGACUCUUCGUCCUGUGAGAGAUGUAUCGCCCACAUUCUUUCUUCACUUAUUAACAGUCUCCAGAUUUCGGGAAUGCAGAUGUUGCUUUUUUGUGUGCUUCGUUUCCGCACUGUCAUUAUUUCCGUUUCCACUCCGUGGACAGUAAUGCCGAUCUGCGAACAGUAGCUGUCUCAUAGCGGAGAGUAGAAGCAUCUCUGCGAACUUGAUUCGGGAAGGAGUUUCAUCGGCGGGAUCAUGGGGGACAUCGAGGCUCCGGAGAAUAACCGAUCACGACAGAGCAUAAUUCAAUCUCUUCUCCCGAGUAAAGAAUUCAUCACCUCCCGAAAAGGACUACUGCUGCUCGGUGAAGUGGUGAUGUCGUUCAUCAGCUUUGUGUGCUUUGCUGCUUCAGCAGCAGCUUCCUUCGUCACAGCUCCCUUGAUAGAGUUCUUGGCUGCCCUCUUCUUGCUGUUUGCUUAUUCUACAAAGUUCAAUGAGAGAUUUAAGGGCUUUUACUGGCCCCUCAUGGACUUCCUGCGCUGUGUCAGUGCAUCCAUCAUCUUUUUCAUCAUCUCUAUAAUAUCUGUGUCAAAAUAUGUGGAUGGAGCCUCAAAGGCUGCUGGGUUAUUUGGCUUUAUUACCACAAUAUUCUUCGCCCUGGACUUUUAUUUCAUCUUCAAUGAACUGGCUAACUUCCUCAAGGGAGGUGAUUCCAGUGCGGAACCACCAAACACACAAGAUGAUGACUCUGACUCUGACUCUGACUAAAGCUGUGAUUGUGUCCAGAAUCCUGGUGUGUGUGACCACUACAGUGCCUGAUAACCAAAACAGAAUUUGGUAUAACUUUGUUAUUGUUUUCUUGUUUUGGGUAUGCUUUUUGUGACUAGAGUUAAGCAGUCUAUUUCAAAUCACAAGCUAUGGAGUUUUCAGUCAUUUUUGUAUGCGUCCAAACAAUCUAAGCCUCUCUCAUUUGAUUUUUCCAAAGCUGUGAAUUAUUCCAGUGACCCAGCUUCACAUCAGCUUGUUGACGGGUUUUUGGAAGAAGGGCAGUAUUGUACCAUUUGUAAUGUUUAUGUACUGCCUCUAACAGCUUACAGUGUACUUAUAAUGUUCAGUUCAGUUUUUACAGUACGUACGAAUCUUUUUCUAUUUCUAUAUUUGGAAGCUGUGUGUGUGUGUGUAUGUUUACUAACUAGAACUAUUCUGAGAGAUUUUUUUUCUCAAAAUAUGUUCUCUUAAAUUGUCUUUUAAAAAAUGAUGCAUGACUUGGUGAUGAAACCCUGUAUUAGGAAUAAUAAUUUGAAUGUUUUGUAGCAACAGAAUAAGUUUACAUCAUGUAUGGAAUUAGCAGGUGGUUGGCUGGCCACAGUCACCUGUCUUAUUUCCUCAGGUCUACACAUUGGUGUCAGUCUUGUAAUGUUGAAGUAAUACCAAUGUCUUGCCAAAGUACUGCAAAAAAGGCAGGAUUUGUCUUAUGCUCACCUUGCAAUGUGGCACUGCUCUGCUACUGAACCUGUAAUAUAAAGGUGAGCAUCAGUAGUGCAUAAGGGAGCGUUGCCUGGUUUACUAUAGUAUUCUCAGGCAUGCUGCAUGUAUCCACAUGUAAACCACCUUCUAGUGUUUCUGUGAAGAGUGGAUAUGCUUUAAAGGCUCUUUUGGAAAUAUGCACUGUCAGAUUGCCACAUCAAUAAAUGAUUUUAGUGCAA